CGGAGCUCCAGACAUGGAGGACCAGGAGGAAACCGUUGGGCUCCAAAAUUCGCCAAGCGGUUCAGAGUCAAAGGAAUUACACUCUGAAAGUAAAGCAGAUAAACAAAAUGGAAAUUCGGGCAAAUCUCCAUCCUCCCAGACGACAUAUAUUCAACAGGUCAGCGUUACUCCCUAUUUGGAACCUAUGCACUUCAUGUCGACAGUCUCAAGUCACUGCCUAGAGGUUGUUCUGGACCUAUAUGCCUAUCUAUAGUAUUGUUUCAGAGUAGCCAAAUGUGAAUAGUAGGCUAAUAUGAAAUGCUAUUGUGUUUUUGUUAAACUAUAAUGGAAUGUAUGCUAUAGUGCAACAUUGUCCCUGUAUGAAUGACAUGACAUAGUGACGUAAAUAUUAUUUGUAUAAUGAUUGGGCUAAAUAAGCUUACAGAAUGGUGUCAACUGCAAGGAAAAGUAAUAUUGAUAUUCGUUUUACUUGUCUAAUUGUGAAGGGAAUGGAGGGGAUAAAAGUGUACCUGCACGAGAGGGAACUGUGGGCGAAGUUUCACGAGGUGGGGACGGAGAUGAUUAUCACCAAAGCUGGAAGGUAAGAGAGCAACGCCUGCUCAUACUGGCAUUACGGGCUAUGCAGAUACGUUUUAGGAACAUACAAUUAUUUAAAUAUUGUUGCCAUGGUCGAUAUAUACAAACAUACACCAAUAUAUUACUGAAAUAAAUUGUGGGGCGGCAGGUAGCUUAGUGGUUAAGAGCGUUGUGCCAGUAACCGAAAGGUCGUGGGGCGGCAGGUAGCUUAGUGGUUAAGAGCGUUGUGCCAGUAACCGAAAGGUCGCUGGUUCUAAUCCCCGAGCCGACUAGGUGAAAAUCUGUCGAUGUGCCCUUGAGGCAAGGCACUUAACCCUAAUUGCUCAUGUAAGUCGCUCUGGAUAAGAGCGUCUGCUAAAUGAUGUAAAUGUAAAUGUAUGUUUAAUUAUAUGCAUUAGCCAUGUUUGCAAUAAGCUUAGGCCUACAUGUGAGGUUAUGUUUGAAUAAUUAUUUGUUGAAAAAAAUUGUCAACAUUUAGUGGUACUAGUUUUGACAGCACUGUGUCUGAAAAAAUUAAUCCGUCCAUGUUUCGUUUGAUGUAUGAGCACAGAGAUGAGAGGUUUUACUUUCCAAUAAUGUGAUAGUGAUAUUAAUGCCGUAUUCGUUGCUGGAAGGAGGCCUACUUUCACUAUUUUCUCAAUAGGCCAAGAGAUAGCGCCAUAAAUAAAUAUUUAUUGGCCUAGUCAUUUUAAGACAGUCCCUUGGCUAGAUAAAAGUCAAAGAAACAACACGUGGCAUAUAUUAUGCGUUAUAUCACCUUCAUUCUUGUAAUCCUCUCUCACUUUCUCCAUCCAUUUUAUUUUUGAGGUGUGUUUUUCCAAAUUGAAUACGUGAUAUUCUUUUAAUUCUACCCUAAUGUUCGUCACGUUUGCCAUAUUGAAACCAUUAUCAAAUUACUUUUCAAGACAAAAAGUCCUACACGAUUUUUCAUGCGAAGGAAUUUGGGCAUAGGGGGCCGAGUGUAAAUCCGUUUAGCAAUUCGGUCUAACUGGCCUGUUUAGAAACUCUCAAGGAAUAUGGUUGAGAUAUUCUUGUACCUGUGAACUUGAAUAUGCAUGAUGGUCGGUGGUCUCUGCUCAUGUUAACAAAUCGUCUUGUGGCUCUUAGGUAUUUAUUAUUCAUUUCAGCCAUGUCUCAAUAUCCUUCCAGUGUGCACUAGGUUAAUGUUUUUUCUCACAGCUGCAUAAAGCCGUCUUUAUAUUCUGUCCAUUCAUUCCCCCCUUUUUGGCUUGAGACUUUAUUAACCAUCCCUCCUCAGCCCUUACCCCUUCCAAUCACCUCGCCACUGCCUCGUUAUUACCAAAGGCCUGCCCUGGAGGCCGGGAUCCAAUCCGCGUUUGACUUCUUUUCCUUAGUAAUUUCUAUACCAUCAGCCUCUGACUGAUCACGUUUUCCAACCUGGUAGACCCUAUUUCAUCAGGGUAGGCUACUUGUGUAAGUUGGCACAGGAACUGGAAAAUAAAGUUGCAUAUCUGAAAAUAUAUGUGCACACAUCACAAAUGCAUCUGGUUUUAGUGAGGCAUUUGGUGCAAAAGAAGCUGCCUUAAACAUGUAUUUCACCGUGAAACAAUAGGCCCAUUCCUUCAUAGAAUAGCCUAUGGUUUAUUUUGUUGAAGUAGGCUAUUCAUUCGCUUCAUUUGUUGCAUGCGUAAAAGUAUGCAGUCGCUUCCAAACGAACAAAAUGUAUAUUUGGACACUUUAAUUCCCAUUUAUUUUAUUUUGUUUCAUUGAUUGUUGUUCUAAGCUUCAUUUGGUUAUAUAUGUCUGACGUUGAUAUUCAUUGUGAACCAGUGGGGUUUACACCCAUCCCAAAAUACGUGGAGUGUAGGUCAUUCAUGGUAAGCAUUUGCACUUGCAUUGUGUAACUAUUUUAUCUUGCUUCGUUUGCAGAAGAAUGUUUCCCAGCUUCAAAGUGAAGGUCACUGGAUUGAACCCUAAAACGAAAUACAUACUCCUGAUGGAUGUCGUGCCUGCGGACGACCAUCGCUACAAAUUCGCUGAUAAUAAAUGGUAUGUAGGACUUUUCCAAAACAAGUGCCUCUUGGAUCGUUUCAGUGCCCAUUUCCACAGCCUUAUGACAAUACUUACCUGUAUACAACAUAUGAUCAUAUGAACACAUUAUCAUAUGUAUUUUCAUCUCCAGGAUGUUUCACAACCCUAUAAUGAAAUUAUAAGGUUAGGCCUAAGGUUUAUGCCUCAAAUUCUGUUCCCGUUUGGUAGGCCUAGUAGGCAAUCUUUAGCAAACUAUUCCUAAUGGCUCAAAUGUCUCAAAAUGUUGCUGUAGGCUGUGCAGCUUUAUGUAGUAAAAAAAAAAAAGGCUUUCGGUUGGAGUACGGAAAUUGAGUAGGGCAUCCAUGGCAAGUGCUGCGGAGUUGUGCUGACUACCGACUGGAGGCUUAGGCUAUUUUUGUGUUUUAUGCGAAUUCAUUAUUGUAUUGAUGUUUCGUAUGGUCAGGGUGUAGCUCUCUUCUGACACCUCUGAGGUAUUCUCUUUACCAUCAGCGAAACGUAGCAUAAACACUAGUUGUUAGUGUCAUGUCCAUCUGGUCAAGAAUGCCUUUUUGGGAUCAGUGGUUUUCAAUUGAGAUUUUUUAAAGAGUAUAAUCACAUGCAAAUAACGCUGAUGAUGACCCGUUCAGCGCAUGUUGUUGAACUAAUACUCUCCUGGUCAACUAAGAAAAUAAUGUUCGCCCGUGCCAAAUAGCAGGUUAUUGGUUAUGCUAAAUAGGAUGACCCAUACCAACCCAACUGUCAACGUAAAGCACGUCAUAGGGCACUAGGCUACUAGACUAUAGCCUUAAUGUAGGCUAUUAUAUUAAAACAUAUUUUCCGUUUCCAUUUAUUGUCCUUUGGGGUGAGAGUAGGCUAAACACAAUUAGGCUAUACGUGGACAGUAUUAAAAACGACAAACUAAAGGCAUUUGUCGAACCUUCAAUUUAAUUAACUGUAGGCCGAUAGCGGUAUAACCUUGGUAAAAUCUCCAGUUUUGGAACAAAUCCUAGGCCUACUUCCAAAUAGCCUAAAUUAAUUUAUUUCGAAGAAAGCCUUGUCUACAUAUUAGGCUAAACCUGUAUUUCCGAUGAAAAGUGAAAUAUGCCUAAGGCAUUUUCAUAAACAGCAUAUUUCAAUGUGUGAAAGUAUUUUUUUAAAUGCUGACUUUGGUGCUAUGAUUCAGGUCUGUGACCGGGAAGGCUGAACCUGCCAUGCCCGGGAGGCUCUACGUUCACCCGGAUUCUCCUGCGACUGGGGCGCAUUGGAUGAGGCAGCUUGUCUCUUUCCAGAAGCUGAAACUGACCAACAACCACCUGGAUCCUUUUGGACAUGUAUGUUUACGGUUCUUCAUAUGUUAUGGGUUUGUCUGUAAAAUGCUUGAUGAUUUUCGUAAAGGAAUACUGUGGCUUAUAAUUAUCAACACAACAUCUGCAUGCAUUAGUAAAGAUUGGAAGUCAGAUGGCAUCUGUUUAUUUCCUUUCAACAACCCUCUUAUUAUGAACUCCCAAUACCCUAGAUUGUGUGAUCCAUGUCUGAAACAAUAUAGCAAAAACAAACAUCACUUACAUCAUCGAUCUGCUUCGAUGUUAAAAAAUGGUGCUAUUGGCUAGAUAUUUCAUGUGGUUCCAGGUGUGGGUGACAUUGUGUCCAAAUUAGACAUCUCAACAGAGAGUACAGGAUUGGACUGAUUACAAUGCAAUAGUCAUAUCCCUUAUAGGACAUAAAAACAGCCCAAUGCAAUUAUUAUUAUUUUGUUAAUUGACAACCACAAGAACAAUAGUGGUUGUUAUACAAACUGAAAUAAGGAAGUAGAUUAUGCACAAAAUAACCAAUAAGAAAAAAGUUAGAAAACAGUAACAAUUCUAGAAUGUUAAGUGAUAAACUUACUCUGUCCAUCUCUUGAAUUAUGACAUAAAGGAAAGUGUCAAUAUUGGUCAAUCCCUUGUUGCUUCUACAUGUAUGAAGCUGAUUAGAAUUGCAGUUGAUUGAGCCUACUCUUUCUGCUCAGAGUGGAGCAAAAAUGUGUUAUGAUUUAAGCAAAUAAUAAACUGCGUGCAAACCAUAACACUAUAAAGGUCAGCACAUAAUCAAUCAUAUGGUCACAAAUUUAACAGCAACUUGCAGUCAUUGAUGAUAGCUGUAGUAGGGAGUAUGUUGAUUGGAAAUCAUUUUGCAUUGUUUGCAUGUGUAAAAGUAUGGGCUCACUGCAAAUCUACAGCACCAUGCUUGUGAUUUUGAAGUCAGCAAUAGGACAGAUUGUACUCUCUCACAGCACUGUCUAUCUUCUGCCCGAUCACAUAACUCCAUUGGCAUUGUGUGAGAAUUUAUAGUGAUUGUUGCCUUGCCAAAACCCAGCUGGUAGCAUGAAAUUGGAGCUCGGUUCAGUUGGAUUGUGAGCAGUGUUGUACAUUUCGGGCCAGAAUGCAUUUUUGAUUGGUUGCAGUGGUUCCUGGCAUGCCCUCUUUUGUGCUCAGAGAGUUCCAUAGGAUUCAUAAAUGAAAUACUGGUGCUGGGCCCAAAAAAUAUUCCAUCAGCUUGUUUGUCCAGCUGGUUGAAAUAACUUUGCGACAAUUUAUAAUUACUAGCUUCAGACAUGGAGCUGAAGCAUAUCAGUGAGGUAGGUUGGAGCCAGUUAGGAGGGACCUGAAACAGGACUUUACUUUACAACUGUUUGGUAAUUAGACAGAACAGAGCAGGACCUCCCCUCCCAGCCAGAGAGCAUGCUGGGAUAUACCAGUGGCUCCUAUAGGUUUCAGAAGGUUGAAAUUAAUGUUUUUAUGACUGUAUAUGUUUGUAAUUUAGUAUAAAUAUGAGUUUAUUGAAGGGCUUUCUGAUAUUUGGUUUGAUUUUUACAGUUCAUUUUGCUAUGGUCAAUGUUUACAUAUAUCUUAUUGACAAUAUCUAUAUAUUUUAUGUUUUUUGACUCUCAAUCAUGUAGAUGGUAUAAUCUCAGUUAUUUGGGUUAUGUUGCUAAUUGAGGCUUUAGUUUCUAUCUGAUACCAAUAGUAUGUAUAUAAACAUAUGAUUACCCAUUUUCAUUUUAGGGCCUACGUUUUAUCACAAGCCUCAGCUAUGGCUUUGAUCUUCCCUCUCAACUUGCGAAACAUUUCUCAAUGUUAUUCAUCUUCUCCCCCAAUUUGCUGGUGCUGGUGCACUCGUUCAGUACUCCCCACACAUGUUUUAGCCAGGAGGGUGGAGUGUGGAUAUCCCACUGUUUAUGUUCCAACGGCAGUGUGAGAUGAGCAAUAGAUGAUGGUGUACAAAGCCUGUUAAUCCAAAGGCUUCAGAAAGCCCUCUGAUGUGGAGGAACUUGAAAGCGUAGGGCAGCCGCCGGGGACCCAGGCUGAUCCCUCACUAUCAUUAAAUACUAUCAUACAGAGUCAGGGAGAAUGGAGAUGCAGAGAACCAGGGCAACAGGGCAUGGAGACAAGGCGUGUGCUGGAGGCCUAGUGGGUGGUCUGCUAUGCUCCGGGGUCACACCUCCACAGACCGACAGACACGAAGGGAACCAACCCUGUCUGUGGUUCAUGUUGUUGUCUUGUAGAAAAUUAACACAAGACUCUUGGUGUAGGUUACAUGACACAUAGAUGUCUUCAAGAGUUAGAAAACAAGGUUGCGACCAUCUAAAUGUGUUAAAUCAAAGCAUCCCAAUGGUUUGUAUCAUUGUGAAUCUGUAAGCCAGAUAACUUUUACAUUUGCGGUGAUAUAGGCUGCUGUUCACAAGUGAUUUACAAGUCCCUAACCAACCUCCUCUAAAUACUUUGUGGUGGGAUUGGUAAAUGUGAGCAUACAUUCUGUUUUCUCCCAAAGUUUUUAUCUAAUUCAGUGUUUUAAAAUACUUCAAAAAUACUUCAGCUUUGACCCAUUGUAUUUAUAAUGUGGAAAAUCAAUCUGAGUCAUAAAGCAUUUCCAGUGUUGGCUGUUGAAAUACAUUCACCCAUUUCUGUUUAGAGGACAAUCAAAUGUGUUGUACACUAACCUACUAUCAAAGUGCUUUUGGAAAAUUCACAGUGGACCACAAUUUACUCUCUAUUCUGAGGUUGAACUGUUCCAUCAGUUGUGAGAAUCCACUGAGGUCUUUGUAAUGCCCCACCGGUCUAGGAGGUCAGGGCAUCCUCUCCCUUUUCUCUGCAGCGUGGCUAUUGAAAGGAAGGUACUUAAACAACCCUACAGAUAAGAGAUAGGUGGAAUGCCCAGGGGCAGGGGUGCAGGGAGUUCCUGAGGAGGUGAAGGAGAAAAAAAAACUGUUUUGUUAUCUGUAAAUGUAAGUGGAUUUAAUGAAAUUAGAAACCAUUAGAUUGCUCAUUGUUGAUCCCCAUGACUCCACAGUAUGUCAGACCAAUUAGACUAAAGCCUACGGAUGAGACGGCCUCAUGAGAAGAGUUCAGGGCUCAAGUUCAACUGGGUGGACCGCGUCUUAAUGUCGUCAGUGGUAGUAGUCAUCACUUAGCAUUAACUAGGUCAGAGGGGUCAGGGCGAACGCAGGGAAUGGGAAGAUGUUCACGUGUUACAAUGGGAACUCAUCUCUUCUGACAUAUGUAUAUUAUCAUGGGAUGUAAAGAGCGUUGUAAUGUAUUACUGAAUGUAUUACUGUCAUGCCCUUCAGUGAUGGGUUUGUAGAGUUACAUAUAAGCUAUGCUCACAUUUAGAUUUGACUGUACUUUAAAUGAUAUGGUCAAAUAUAUUUAUAUAUACUGUAUAUUUUCAGAAUUGCUAUAUGAUUAAUAUUGGUAUUCUUGGUUUUAAUAAAUAUUUUGUGUGUUUUAUAUACACUGAACAAAAAUACAAACGCAACAUGUCAAGUGUUGGUCCCAUGUUUCAUGAGCUGGAAGAAAAGAUCCCAGAAAUGUUCCAUAUGCACAAAAAGCUUAUUUCUCUCAAAUUCUGUUCACAAAUUUGUUCACAUCCCUAUUAGUGAGCAUUUCUCCUUUGCCCAAAUAAUCCAUCCACCUGACAGUUGUGGCAUAUCAAGAAGCUGCUUAAACAGCAUGAUCAUUAUACAGGUGCACCUUGUGCUGGGGACAAUAAAAGGCCACUCUAAAAUGUGCAGUUUUGUCACAUAACACAAUACCACAGAUGUCUCAAGUUUUGAGGGAGUGUGCAAUUGGCAUGCUGACUGCAGGAAUGUCCACCAGAGCUGUUGCCAGGCAAUUGAAUGUUCAUUUCUCUACCAUAAGCUGCUUCCAACGUCGUUUUAGAGAAUUUGGCAGUACGUCCAACCGGCCUCACAACCACAGACCAUGUUUAUGGAAUCAUGUGGGCAAGCGGUUUGCUGAUGUCAACGUUGUGAACAGAGUGCCCCAUGGUGGUGGUGGGGUUAUGGUAUGGGCAGGUGUAAGCUACAGACAAUGAACACAAUUGCAUUUUAUCGAUGUCAAUUUGAAUGCACAGACAUACCGUGACGAGAUCCUGAGGCCCAUUGUCGUGCCAUUCAUCCGCUGCCAUCACCUCAUGUUUCAGCAUGAUAAUGCACGGCCCCAUAUUGCAAGGAUCUGUACACAAUUCCUGGAAGCUGAAAAUGUCCCAAUUCUUACAAGGACUGCAUACUCACCAGACAUGUCACCCAUUGAGCAUGUUUGGGAUGCUCUGGAUCGACGUGUACGACAGCUUGUUCCAGUACCCGCCAAUAUCCAGCAACUUCGCACAGCCAUUGAAGAGGAGUGGGACAACAUUCCACAGGCCACAAUCAACAGCCUGAUCAACUCUAUACGAAGGAGAUAUGUCGCGCUGCAUAAGGCAAAUGGUGGUCACACCAGAUACUGACUGGUUUUCUGAUCCACGCCUCUACUUUUUUUAAGGGUAUCUGUGACCAACAGAUGAGUAUCUGUAUUCCCAGUCUUGUAAAAUCCAUAGAUUAGGGCCUAAUGAAUUUAUUUCAAUUGACUGAUUUCCUUAUAUUAACUGUAACUCAGUAAAAUCUUUGAAAUUGUUGCAUGUUGUUCAGUAUAUUUGUAUGUUUUAUUCAAAGCAAUAUCAAUAGUAUUUUGUGUUUAUCUUAAUUGUCUGAAUGUGUAUAAAUCUAUGUUUCUUAUUUCUGGUGCUGGGGACCCAAAUUGUUACACAUUUGAGUUUUUGCACCAGCAUGACCUGAAUGAUUCCACUAAUCAAAGGUUUGAUGAUGAGUUGAUUAGUAGAAUCAGGUGUGUAGUGCUAGGGCAAAAACUAAAUGUGCACCCAUUUGGGUCCCCAGGACCAGGAUUAAGAAACACUGGUUUAGAUUUAUCUGAAUGUGAUUUUGAUCAUGUCAGAAUUUGUGUUUUGGUGAGAUUAUGCGUCAGGGUGGCCCAUUUGUCAGGAGAAAAUAGAAAUGGUCAAAACACAAAUAUGCAUACAUUUCUCUCUUCAGAUUAUCCUGAACUCCAUGCAUAAAUACCAACCCAGGAUUCACAUCGUGAAAGCGGAUGAAAAUAACGGCUUUGGCUCCAAAAACACAGCGUUCUGUACCCACGUCUUCCCAGAGACUGCUUUCAUUGCGGUUACGUCCUACCAGAACCAUAAGGUAAGUCUUCGAUUUUGGACAUGUUUAAGCCAUUGUAUUGUGUGUGUGUAUGAAUAGCCUAAAUUGUUCUGAAUUUAUCGGUGUAUCAUAGAUGAGUAAUUAAUUACACCGUAUAUAACUAAUAAAAACGUUUUGACAUAUAGGCCUCGAGAUUGCCUUUUUGCAUCGCCUUGUCAAUUGAAAGUGACACAAAACGUCACAACACAUAUAAAAUCAUUUCAUGGAUUAAUCGAAAUCAGUUCAUAAACAUCAGAAAGUUGCUCAUGCUAUAUAUAUGCUAUAUAUAUAUAUAUAUAUAUUGCUGCUAAAGACCUGACGGUAAGACGUAAAGCUGAUGAAUGAGCUGAUUAUCAAAGCUUGAAAAAUAAAACCGAUAGGGUGUAUCCUAUUGCAAGAAAUGGAGUCCAAUGUAAUGAUAUGUCACCAUGAGCAGUGGCAGAACAUUAGGCUCACGUCUAAUAAUCACCGAUAUCAUAUUCAGUCAUUGACAGAUGUGAGUAGGCUAUCCAUUUAUUUUUGUUUGGUAUGGAAAUUUGAUAAUUCACAGGCACAAAUUAUUACUAUUACGCAUGGAUUCGAGCUCGCAAGUGAUAUCAUUUUAGUUCUACUUAUUCAGUAAAUUCUAAAUUUAAACAUGAGUAUAUUUUCUUUCAUGUAGACUACCAUACCUAGGCCUACAUAUAUUAAUUGUGAUAUUUUCCUAUAUGAACAUUAAAACAUUUACAUCCACUUGUUGCAUGCGCUUUAUUUUGGCUGCGUUUUUGAGCGUUUAGAGAAGACAUCGAAAUAAUAUUUAAGAAUUCGUUUUCCUCAAAUCUGACAACUCAUAAUCUUAGGAGUGCUGUCCAAUCAUUUCUACGUCUGUUUAACAUCCGUUUUUAACUAUGUCGGAGUCAGAUUUUAGUGUGGGACAGAGGGAAUAUGCAAGAGGGGGCGAGGACCCUUAAUGUGUCCUGAGCCAAUCCGAAUUCCCAAAGACUCUGAGAAACCGGAAAUCCAAAUGACUGAAACUCUGGAGAAACCAUUAAUUAUAUUCAGGGAGUUUAUUGAGGGCACCUGAGAAUGCAACAUGGGCUAAUUAUUAUUACCAGAGCCAGCCAGACUUCCAGACAAACAAUCUAUUCUGAUUUCCUCAACUUUUACCACGAAUACCUAAUCCAAGAAUGUUACAUCUGUCAAAUAAACUAGAGAAAGUUAUCAUGCCAUGCAUUUUGGGGGAAAGGGCAUAGGAAAUGCGCAUAGGCAGGCGCAGCCAUAUAUAGUCAAAACGGUCAAACUUGACCAUACCAUAGGUUUGUAUUGAACAAAUAUAACAAUUUCCUUCUGAAUAAACUAUUUUGAAAACAACUAGCGUUUUCAUAUCUUAUUUCUCAACUCAAUAGGCCUAUAGGCUACAGAAACGCAUUGGGCCUAGGCAUGUUGAAUCUGAACGUAGAAUUGUACCAGUUCAUUGGCUACCUCUAACGAAUUAUAGUUGCAUUAUAGUAAAUCCCAUAGCCAAAUAUCACAUGCAAUGCAUGAUAUAAACAAAUGCAGUAACCUACUGUAUUAUGAAUUAAUGUUUGUCAUGAUUGCUAUCCGUGAUAGUCCUUACAAGUAUAUCUAACGAGUUGGUAACAACUUGCUUUGUAUUUAACCGGGUGUCUAGGCCUAUGAAUGUUUCCAGAAUUGUUAGGAAACUGUCACCCCAGGCUUGUCUAGUUCUUCCAUGCUAUCAGUGUUAAUUCAUGCACUAUCAAAUAUGUAAGUUUGGAAAUAGUGUUACAUUUGUAUAGUCUGGUAUGAAUUCGUCCAAGUGACAACCUGAUUGAUGCUCAGUAAUAGAAAGUUUAAUUAGUGAAUUAGGUUUCGUUUCAUUAAUAUUUGCAUUUACUAUGCUAUUCUUGCCCCCUUUAUAAUGUAAUAUUUCACCUGAAUUAUCCUACAUAUUAGGCUUGCAAUUAAAUAAGCGAUUAAGCAUCACUUCGGCGUUUGGGUAUGCUAUUUUAUUGAGCGUGUGGUUCAAGUUAUUUUCGCAAACAUUUUUUACCACCAACAGUUAUUAUCAAAAUGAUUGCUUUGAAAAGAUUUUGAGAAUCAUUAUCAUAAAAAGAAAAAAAUUAAAAUCGACACUUUUGCCAAAACGGUGCGUGCAUUAACGAGAGAUGUUGUACAAGGUUUCGUAGAAAGUGAGAGCCGGUGCGUGGACAAAAAUCCAAUCUUGUUGUGAGGCGGGAAGCACCAGACCCGCCAACUAGUUAGGGCCUACCUGCCAGAAACAGUAGCUUAGUGGUAGUUUAACUAAGUUCAGAUCUAGGUAGCGUUUUCAGUAGUUAAUUACUUUUUUGCCAUGUAGUGAUGUAGCUAACUACUGGAACUACACACUACUUUUUUGCAAAAAUAAAAUAUGAGUGAAGUAGGCAAUAAUUUGCUUAAUUUUUUUGGCAUCAGACCUGCCUAAUUCUCACUUGAAACAUUGUUUUUGUGUUUAAUAGGCUAAAUUACACAUUUUGUUAACAUAUGACCCCAAAGUGAUCAGUUCCUCCAAUUUGUAGUAUAUAAAAUUUCAGAUUUACAUAUGAUAGUUUUUCACCAAGUCGUUUGGAUGUAGUGAACUACUUUUUCAAAGUAACUUUAGUUAAGUAAACUAUAUUUUUCUUAAGGGUAGCUUUAGUGUAGUUUCACCUCUUCCAUUGUGAAGUAUUUGGUAACUUGGUAAACUAUAAAAAGAGUAGCUUCCCCAACACUGUUAAAUAACAGAAUUCAAACCACAGGUUUUGUGAGGUUUCUCCCCAGGUUUUGAGUGUUUAUUUGAAAGGUUCAGUUUGUCACGAGACUGACCACAGUGCGUGUGGACCUAUGGGCAGUCUCUCAUCUCAAAAGCAUCAUGAGGCUGUAUUAUGUUCCACAUGGGAGAGUGAACACGCUUGUUUUAAGUGAAGAUAUCCUGCUAUAGGCCUCAAAGGACACAAUAAGUCCUUCGCACAGAAUAUAGAGGAAAGGAAACACGCUUAUUGUGACGUUAAGUUUUAUUUUUACAUAUUAUUGUAAUUUACUGUUUAAUUGCUUGCUGUUUUGCAGAUAACCCAGCUGAAGAUAGAGAACAACCCAUUUGCAAAAGGUUUCCGUGGGAGUGAUGACAUGGAGCUCCAUCGGAUGUCCAGAAUGCAAAGGUACAGAUGUAGGAUCUUAAUUUGAUCACUCUUUUGUUGCUGAGAAGUUUCCAUAGGAAAUGCAGAUGAGCUUCGUGAUUUACAUAAAUUCACUGAAAACCUGCACUAACACAGUUAUAUUAACAGUAUUGCACUUGUCAUAUAACCUAUUUUGCAGCUAAUAGCCCAACGACCAAUCAAGCAACUUUAUGGACUAAACGUUCAAAUAGUCAAUGGCCAAGCUUUGGUUCAGUGCUUAACUUGCCUAACUUUUCUAUCUCAGCCUAUUAGAAAGAAUCCAAUAUUACCAUAAUUAGCAGUUGUUUAGCACACUAUACUGUACUGUAAGAUGGUAAACUGGAAACAUAUAUUACACAAUGUAACCGCAAUUACAGUAGAUAAGGAUUACUGACAUUCUAAUCACAGUGUCACAUCACAAGCACCGUUGUACUCCUUCAAUCAGUGAAAUGCAAACCAGAUAUGAGUGUUAUUUUCAGUGAGCCCCAUCGCCCCCUGCCCCUCUCUCCCCAGCUGUGAUUUGUGUAGUCCUUGAGCAGAGGCCAGUCUCUAUGUCCCAGGGCUUUUAUGGCUGAUCUGGAAGGGCCUUCUGAACCAAUGACAUCUCCCUUUAACGCAACUCCCUCUUUACCGGGAUAUUCAGUCAUCUGUGCAUUGAUAAUAUGGCUGGUUCAGCAGCGGCAUCGACCACAUCAUUCCAGAUGAGUGCUUUACGCAUGUGUCAACACAGUGUGGAUAACACAUUUUCAAAGGAGAAAAUCUGGUUUGAAACUUCCCCAGAUCGCCAACAAUGGUGUUGCAUGGCCUUUCAAACAGAGGAUUCCAAAAUCAGAGAAAAAUGGGAAAGGAGCCUGAUUUUCCAUGGGGCAGUGAAACUUUGCCUCCCAUUAAUUUUAUUUGGAAUGGGAGAACAGAACAUUCUCUCUAAUAAGCCACUGCAGGUGAAUCUAAUAGUUUUUGGUUGACUGAUUUUCCCCAUCAGUAGGCGAUAGGACACAUUCAAUGCAAAUCUUGUGGUGAAAUUAAUGACAGAAGACUAAAGAAACUAUGUUUUUCCUUUUUCUUCAAAGAUAUUUCACCUGCAGUAAUGUUUUAUUCCUUACCGGGGUGUUAAAAAAAUUGAUAUUGCAUAUUUAAUGUUGGAUUAUCUAAGUUAGACAUUAAUUAAGUUGGUCAAUGUCACAAGAUAAUACUUCUGUAAAUGGAAUAGUUAUUUUUUAUAGACAUUUGUAAAUUGAUUUUAAUUGGCCAAAGGCCAAACCAGACGAUCACUCCUAAAUGCCACUGUCCUGUCUUGCCAAGUACAGUAAGCUCAGCACGUCUGGUCUUGGUUAGUAUUUCCAAGGGAGAGCUUAUUGCAAAACCAGGUCACUGGUUCAAAAGUAACAGUCAAAGAAAUCAAAUAAAUAGAAGAAGCAAAGAUAGUCCAUUCAUGGAUCCUCUAGAUUAAUGCAACUGGAAUAAAUCCCUGUCUUUCCACUAGAAACUGAUCCUCCGGAACAUUGACUCUCUGUGGAUCCUAAGUGGAUUUGACUCAUUGAUGGUCAGUGUGGUUUGUUAGCAUUGAGAAGGGUAUAGUGUCUGCUCAUUGGAUGAAAGAGACUGUGUAUAUAAGUCAGCCAUGGUUAAUGACUGAGGUCAGGCACAGUCCUCAAGUUGAUACCAGGCUGUCAAAUAACAUAUUUAUCUUCUUCUUUUGCAUGUGAAAAUGCGUUAUGAAUGCAAAUAAAUGAACAAAUACUAUAAUGAGGAUAAUUAGGAUUACUGAUCUAGGAUAAUUAGGUGACGAUUAAUAAUCACUACUAUUAGUAAUACUAAUGGCAAUGAUAGUAGUACUAGUAUUAGUGGUGGUAAGAUUAGUUGAAGAAGCAUACAGUACAGUAAAUGUUAUCAUCAUUUCCUAACCCUAUCUCUGUAUGUAUGUCUGCAGCACUAAGGAGUACCCGGUGGUCCCUCGCAGUACGGUGCGCCAGAGAGUGGGCACCAGCCAGAGCCCGUUCAGUGGGGAGGUGCAGGGUAUUGCCACCCCCAGUGGCCUGGCCUCCCAGUACACCCAGUGUGAGAACGGGGCCACCAGCACCUCACAGGAUCUCCUGCCCCAGUCUGGCUCCUACCCUCUCCCCCACGAGCACAGCCAGGACUACCACUGCAUCAAGAGGAAAGGUGGGCCAGGCUUUCAUGAUAUAUGAGCCAUGCAUGCUAAUGGUGUGGGUUGUUAGAAAGCAUAAAAAGGCGAAACAUGGCUGGUUACAAAGUAAAAAUAUGUACAUUGUUUUGUUCAGCUGAUAGGGGUCUACAGUAUGCGUACAUGCUGUAACUGUAACUGUUCCCUGUCGGUCCGUAGUGGAGGAUGACUGUCACUCAGGAGAGCACACCUACAAGAAGGCUUACCUGGAGAGCUCCUCCAGUGAGGACGACCAUUACUACCGUCCCGUCAGCUACCCACAGAGCCUGGGCCUGCCCGGGGGGCCCUACAGGACCGAGUCCAGCCAGAGGCAGGCCUGCAUGUACGCCAGCGCCUCCCAGGGGGCCGAGCCCGUCCCCAGCCUGGAGGACAUCAGCUGCAACACCUGGGCUGGCGUCUCGCCCUACGGCAGCUGCUCCGUCACCACCAUGCAGCCAAUGGAGCGGCUGCCCUACCAGCACUUCUCUGCCCACUUCACCUCGGGGCCCCUGGUGUCCAGACUGAGUGGAGUGGCAGGCCACGCCUCCCCGCAGCUGGGUGACGCCCACCACGCCAUGUACCAGGGCCCCAUGGCCCAUCAGACUCUGGGCCGCCAGUGCAGCCCCGGGGCAGGCAUCCAGUCGCCCACCGCAGGUCUCCAAGGCAACGAGUACCUGUACUCGCACGGGAUCCCGCGCACGCUGUCACCUCAUCAGUACCACGCUGUGCACAGCGUCAGCAUCAUGCCAGAGUGGAAUGAGAGCAGCUAA